CAUCCGUCAUCUUCUGCGACCACGAUUGUUGUUCCAUCGCUGCCCGCCGUCACCGCAGUAUUCAAUCGAUCGAUGAAUACGUUCUUGUCCUCAGCCCAACACUUUAUACCAUCAGUCUAGCAUGGAUCCUGUCACAGCCUUCUCCCUCGCCGUCAAUAUCCUUACAGUCCUCGAUGUAGCCAUCAAGUCCGGCAAGACUGUCAAGGAGCUUUACGACUCCACCAACGGCUUUACCAAAGAGACCCAGGCCUUGGAAGAUGCCACUAGAGACCUGAAUAAGACGGUGGAGGUACUGGAUGACGCGAAGGUGCGCCUCGAUGCGGCAGCCAAAACUGCGGAUGAACAAGUGUCACUCAUCGGGGGAAAAUGCGGCAUCGUCUCUAACCAAAUUCAAGCUUUUCUCAACGUGUGCAAGGUCACCAAGCAAAAGUCGACCUCAGCAGCCAUCAAGGGUUUUUUGAAGGGGCGAAAGCAUCAGGGCGAACUUGCGAGGCUUGAAAAGGAACUUAAGGAGAGAGCAGGGCAACUGGAGACGGCAAUCGCGGUUGCCACUCGAAUCAAUGUGCAGCGCAUACAGGAUCAGCUUGAGAGGGCCGAUAAGCGACAGGCCGAACUCUUCGAUCAGCUACAGGAGAUUAGCAAAACGAUCCUCUCCCAAGGCAGCAAUCCGGUCUUGCUCCAAAACCUCGAGACCCUGGUACAGGUGUCUAGCGAAGCCCGUGCCGCUGCUAUUCAAGACUGGAUCUUGCGAGGCCUUCAGCGCACAGCCGUCAAUCCCCGGCUAAAUAGCAUCAGUGAUGCAGAGGAGACGACGUUUGAGUGGUUCCUUGAUCCUGCCGACGAAGAGCAAGAGGGCUCAGGCGGCACAUCGGAUUCAGAAGACCUAGGAAUAGAGAAGUCAUACCUCAAACGGCGAGUAAAGCAAAACAGGGAGAUUGCGGCAAUGUUUCAGGACUGGUUGGAGUCCGGGUCGAGAGUCUUCCAUCUCGUUGGGAAGCCUGGCUCGGGCAAGUCGACCCUGAUGAAGUUCGUGACAGAUCAUCCAAAGACUCACAUGCUCCUUGAAAAAUGGGCCGUCUCCAUGAAAAAGGAUUUGCUCGUCGCCAGGUUCUUUCUCUACAAGCUCGGCAACGAUGACGAAAAAACACUUCGAGGACUGUGGCAUGGCCUGCUUUACGACAUCUGCUGCGGCAGAACCGACUUCCGCAACGACUCUCGCAAGAAGAAGAGCUCGUCGGACAUCACCCGGAUGCUAUUUCCUGGACUGUGGAAGGAGGGUGAACACAUGCAUCUUGAGGAUGUGGCCUCUCUUCGCGGUGGGCGAGAAGCGAACGUACCGGAUGCGGCCAUCAAGACAGCAUUCGACCGACUCGUCAAUUUGCCCGAGAUCUCGGAGCGUUUCUGCAUCUGCUUGUUUAUCGACGGACUGGACGAGUUCGACGAUAAGGCCAUUUCCCACGCGAAGCUAGGGCGGACUCUCAGCAGCUGGGUCGACUUGGCCAGCUGUAGAGGAGAAGGGGUGGGUGCAUCUGGUGGGAGUAGCAUCAAGCUAUGCGUUUCCAGUCGCGAAUACGAGUCGAUCAAGCAAGGGCUUCCUCCGAAAGCCAGGCGCCUGAUCAUGCAAGAAGUCACGGAGCUCGACAUCCGGACUCUGGUGUUGAAGGGUCUCGGCGAGAACAGGAACUUCCGCACCCUACAACAACAGCACAAGAAACGCUGCCAGAACUUGAUUCAGUCUAUCAUCCGACAUUCCCAAGGGGUUAUACUAUGGGUCGUGCUCGUCCUCAAGCUACUGGAUGAUGAAUUAUCCGAGGAUCCAACCAUUCAGAGCCUAGAAAGAAUCGUCAGGGAGUCGCCUGCUGGACUGGACGGACUCUUUCAGAGCAUUGUGGACUCGAUUCCGAAGCACCAUUUGUUCCCAUCUCGCCUUAUCCUCGCAAUGGCGACGAAGAUGUUGGGUUGGCGCCUGUCGACUGGACUCUUAUACACUGAUGUACCCCUUUCGGCUGGACUCUUAGGCACUGAUGUACCCCUUUCGACUCUGUCACCGAUAUUUCGCUGGGAUCCGCCAACUAGCGGAUAUCUGUCCAUUGGCGGAUUGUCCAAAAUAAUGCACAUUUUGGACCAGUGGGGAGAAGAGAACUUUGAUCCGCAGAGGAGACUGCACAAUUUCGUGCUGUCUAACUCACAAAUUCGCAAGGGGGUCGAAGUGGGAUCAUCCUCCAGAUUGGAUAGAACCUGUAGUUGUGUUCGAGCAUGGACGAGGGGUCUCUUGGACGUCAAAACCAUUCAACAAUUCAAGAAUUCACAAAUCUUUCAAGUCGUUGAGUUCAUGCACCGCUCCAUACCGGAAUUCCUUCUCCGCCAUAUCCGCACGUGGACCUCAGGCCCUCCGCUCAACGACGACACUGUUGCCGAGGCGAUUUUGACCACAAUGCUCGGUGAAGUUGAGCUCCAGUUGUAUCGGACUGUCGACUUUAAGGCGAGGCUUGAUAUUUCCCUGGCUAGGAUGAAGCAAGAUAUCGACAGCUUUGGUCUGACCAGUCCAAUCUUUUGCAUCCUCCAAGAGGUUGACAAAAAGGCCAUUCUCGGGUCAAAGCCUUCAAAAUACCCCGACUGGAGGAAAGCAAUCACUUCCCUAAUGAGCAACGAGCAGCAAGUCGCAUACGAAUUCACAGCGUUAGAUGGGAGCUAUUACAGUCUAGACCUCUCUUCUGUCACAGCCGCAGGGUCGGCAAGUUCAAGCCCUUUCAUGGCCUGGAAAUUGGCUAAUGACCCAGCCUUUUCUGGCGACAAGGCUGCACAAUAUGCGGCCCUCUGGGCCAUUACGAAUGGGAUAUACCGGACCCGCACUUGGACCUCCGGUCGAACGACGGCGACGGCCUUCUCGGAAUCAAGCGCCAAGACGCUUAGGGCGCUUUUCAUGGCAAACACCUUGUUCGAUAUCGCUCUCCGUCCCGGAACCUAUGACUUUCUAUCGCUCGUCACAUCCAACCGUUUGAUGGAGAGUACGCUUGAGAUCAUGCGACACUACGACGACGAUGGGGCUUUCAUUGAAUGCAACAGGGCCCAACACAUGCACCUCAGUCCCUGGAUUGCGUGCGUUAUCAGCUAUCUGUAUAAGACUCUCGUAGACAGGAGCCAUAACGGUGCAUAUGGUGGACACCAACCAGCCGACUUCUGGAGCAUGCUUGAGGUGUGGCUCGAAUUCGGGGCGCAGAGCCCGUAUGGCAUCCGAUCGCGGUAUUAUGGCCGCGCGUGGGAGGUCACCUUUGCCAUUCUCUCAAACCGCACAGGGAAACCGCUGUUUCUCGGCUUUAGAAUGGUUUUUCAUGGGAUGUUCCAGGAACAGGUGGGAGAGGAUGUGAAGGAGAUGAAAGAGGGCAAGCGUUUCAUCCUUCCCAUCUGGGAGCCCAACUGCACGGCGUCGUUGGACGACGUGAUCAGGUAUUGGAAACCCGAGAAUGAGAAACGUCUACUUGAGUAUUCCGAGAGAAACAGGCGGCGGGCCGAGAAGCUCAGAUACGGAGACACGGUCGAUUCUGGAGCGGCAGCUUAGGUAGUCUUCGAUGUUGCCUUUCAAUCGUCUAAUUAUGCGGCGCAUUCUCAUGCGAAAACACCGACGAAGUGAACCCUCUGCGGGAUCUCCGCGGUGUGAUCUCUCUGCACAUUCUCCCCCAUCAGAUGGAAGCGGUUUACGCGCUACUAUGGCGGAGCUUCGGCGGAGAUGGUGACAUUGUGGCGCUCGACCGGACUGGGGAAGACCAUCGUCAGCGUGGCUGCGGUCGCCAUUAUGAGACUGGUGGACCUCAACCGCGCCGAGGUCAAACGGCAGUGGGUGAUUACACCAUAAUGACUCCGGAGC